GAUCUCGAGACCACAAAUUAUAUCACCUGGAUAACACCUUGAGACUAAUCUCGAGUUUUUAUCUCCAGUGGACAGUUAGCUUAACCCGCCUGGACUAAAUAUAACCAUAAAAACUUAAAAAACUGCGAAGUCACAAAUUUAUUGUCAUUGUCAAAUAAGUAAAUAAUGAUAUCAAAAUGCUAAAGUAAAAAAUUGCCAACAAAGGUUUAUGCCGUACGUAAAUUAAUAACCUUUUAUAAAUUCAGUAUGAAGUUACCAUUUCAUAGUUUCAUCGGUCCAGUGUUAAGAAAAAACCAGAAAUCCAUACGCACCAUUUGUUCGCACCCUACAUUAUCAUUUUCUCCAUUUUAUGUAUUAAUUUUAGGACUGCUUGGAGUGAUCUUGAGUGUUUUCGAUAUAGUGAGAAUAAUAAAAUGUGGAUCAGUAUUACCAGGACCACUUUUGAAAGAACGAUUAAAGAGCGGAACUCUAGUCCCAUCAGAAGUCGAAAGAGAUCUUAAAUUAAUUUGCUUGGUGCUAUCAACGGAAUACUACCUCUUCCUGUUAAUAGGAUUAAUCACAGGAAAUGCGAUAUUCUUUCUACCUUUCAUGAUACUUUACGCUGUAAUCAUAAUAUUGGAAUGUUCCAUUUUUGCGAUGAAAUCUUGUGUUGAAGGAAUGGAUUUCAAAAAGUCUGGUCUUCUGAUGUCGAUGUUUAUGAUGUACAAUUGGACGUCGGUGUUUUGUACAUUUUGCCGCCAAACGACAGGAUGUGAUGUAUAGUACAGAAAUCAUAGAGAUAAUUGUAUACGUGUAUAUCGUCAAUAAAAAUAUAUGGAAAUAUAAAUAAAAUAAAAA